AUGACGAACUGGCGGCCACCGCCCGACUCACCGGGCUACAUUCUCGAGAGACUGAAUAUCGCUCUUAUCGUUAUCUCCUCGGUCACUAUGAUCGCAAGAAUGGGUACCCGGGUAUUUAUUCUUCGGUCGGUGGGAUGGGAUGAUUGGAUCGCAUGCGUUGCAUUUGUAUGGCUCCCAAUUCCGACUUGGCAUAUACAGCAGCUUGAUGAUUUCUUCGAAUUUCUUCCUACAUUCUCGUUGUUGUUCUUUGUCGAAAUCGCCAUGAUACGCUUCUCGGUUAUCGCCUUCUACAUGAAGUUGAGUACUGACAGAUGGUACCGUUGGGGUUUGUAUGCUCUGGCCUUUAUCAACCUCUCCGUGACGAUGACCGUUUUCUUUGUUUACCUCACCGAAUGCGAUCCUAUUCCCGAUUUAUGGGAUGUCACAGCCCCAAACCGACAGUGUAUGCCUAAGCCAGAGGAAAGGAAAUUAUUCUGGUCACACGGGAUUGUUGGUGUCAUUCUCGACCUUGGCCUCCUUGUUCUACCUGUCACGCUUAUCUGCAUCGUUAUGAAAUUUUCGAGGAAAAGGGCUCAAGUGCUUCUUGUCAUUUGCGUCGGUAUAUUGGCUCUCAUCGCAGGAAUUAUGCGUGUCACUUACCAUAUAAUGAUCGACUUCUCUACGGACCCGACAUAUAAGCUGUACCGCGUCGGCAUGUGGGUGGACCUGGAAGGUCAUCUUGGACUCUGGACAGCCUGUUUCCCAGCCCUGCAGCCUCUCUUCCACCUAAUCAGCGAGAAAUUUCCUUGCCUGCAUAGGUCAGAUAGACACGAGAAGAAACUGAGCAGCACACCUGGUCUAGAUAUCCCUUCGAAUAUAGGCCCUACUCUGAGUAGCUCGGCCAACACCUGGGGGAGUGGCGUAUAG